AUGAAUAGGCUUCUGAAUAUCGUGUUCUGGGUGUUGCUAUCCAUUGAGUUGGGUAAGUCUGUGAUGGGCCAACAUGUCCAUUUUGGUUUCUCUCCAUUUCUUCACCACCCACUACCCACCCCAGUAUUAAUUUCAGUUCUCUGCAUUUCUCCAUCAGCGUAUACCUGAUUCCAAUGUUGUUACAGGAGCUCGAAUAAGCUUUGCACCAGUUGCAGCUGAGGGAGCAUGUUCAGAAUGGCAUAUCAAGAAAAUGGGUCAUCUUCUGCUCAUGUAAUCAUUUUGUUGCUACCAGAGCCCUACAUAGUUCUGUGUUACUGCUGAAUUACCUUCAAAUGGUUAUAGCAUUAAAGAUGACUAAUGUGUAUUAAAUUUCCAUGCCACAACUGUGAAGCUUCUCUUGUGGAUGUGUGAUUCAAGUGAGGACGGGGUUCAUUUCUGGUUCCAAGGCCUGGUAUAGUCAAUUAUUUAAUUUUUAUUAUUUAGUUUGACUUUUUCAUGGAGGCAAAGAUAGAGGCAAAACCAGUUGAUUUUAUUGGAUGCAAAUUUGGAAGUAAAUAGGGAGAGGUGCGGACUGGAUUUUCACCAAUGAAAAGUGAAAUUUCAGGUAUGUUAGGGGCUCUGCACCUUCUUUGCUUCAUUCACUGACCCUGCUUAACUCCACACUCUGCCCUACCCCCUUGUCAACCCCCUACCCUUUGCACCUCACCCAACCUCUUUGCUUGGCCACCCCUCUUUCCACUCCCACUUCUGCAACCUCACCACUCACCAACCCCCCACCCUUCCCACCAUCCUUGCCAAAUUCCCCUUACGUCUUGGCCAAACUGCAUCCCUUCCCCCUAGACCUCCCCCCAACCCCUGCUCAUGCUGCCUGCCUCACACCACUGCCAUUUUGGGGGCUUUAAAUGCAAACUGAACUGCAUCUCUACCCCAUCCCUUCAAGCGGAUUAUUUUUGUAUGUUAAGCCUGUUUUACAACCCACAUGUAACGGAGUAACACCCACCACAGGCAAGCAGGUAGAAAAGGAACAGUGCCCUCUUGUCCUCUGGGACCAGGUCAGUUUAGCAGCUGAUUCUCUUUCAAAGUUCAUAGUUCACUUCCUGGUUCCUCUUCCCCUAGUUGCUGGCAUCAAGUGCUCCCAGUGUGCAUAUCAGCUCCCAGGUAAAGGGUGCGAGAAAUGGAGACGUCCGUGCAGACUGCACUCAGGGGAGUCAUGCUACAAGCAGAUGGUUUAUUUUGGUAAGUGAUUAUGGUUACUCACGACUCAGAUCCUGUAAUAUAUCCCAGGACCACGUAAGCCCUUGCAGCUUGAUUACUCAGAUCAUCGGAAGGAGCACUGCUAGUUGUCCCCAUGUUACAGAGGCCCAGCUGGCCUCCACUAGAAGCCAGGCAUUUAGUGUCACUGGUCCCUUGCUCUUCUAACAGAGAUGUGGCAGCUGCCCUAGCUCUUGAUUUUCCAGUGUCUCUUGAAGACCUUUUUAUGCAGACAGGCCUAUGCGACUGUUUAACUUUUUUUUCCAAACCAGUCUUUUUAACAAUAAUUUCCUAUGGUUUUUAUGGUGUUUUAUUUUAUUGCAUGUACGCCACCACGCCCUAUUGCAUUAAUUGGUGGUAUACCCAGUGCUAUUGUAAAUAAAUAACCAAGAAAGAAGCCUUUCUCGGAGCAUAUAAAUGGGUUUUCUCCACAUCAACACAAGGCAACCACAGCCAACUUCUACAGCAAUUAAUGGACAAAGCUCCCAGAAUUAUCACACAGGUAGGUAGAAAUGGAUUUUAUGGAGUGCUAUUGAGUAAUCCAGUGCAUUCUACAAAGCAAUCCUACAGAGUGUGGGAGGGAGGUGGAGACUCAUGGUGGAGCCAUCACCAUUUCUUAAGCCAGGGGAGAAGAAAUGUGUGUUGGGUUGGGGGGGUGAUUGUUUUUCAUUUUUAUCUUUGGUUCUCUUCCAUGACUUCUAAUAGGAGUGAAUUAACUCAAGCUCUCAGGCUGGCAGAGUUUCUGGCUCUGUUCUGGGGCAUGUUGGGGGAAUGAGGGAGACUCAGAGCUGAGAUUCUCUUGGAACUCCAGCCUGCAAUAGAAAUCCAUAUUCAAGAAUCCAUGCAGAGCCAAGCACCUGGGGGUGGCACCUAGACUGCUGGGUGGAGCAAUAAGUAAAGGAGUGGGACCUUAGGGAGUGGUGAAAAUGAUCAACUUCACAGUGUACACUGUUCUUGUUCACUCUCUCAUUAAAUGCAACCUGUUGUCCAUGUUUUCCAAGACAAGUGACUAGAGGGUGGAGAAUUUAUAGGGCAAAGAAGAGUGGUAACAAGGUGGGCUGCUGUGAUGCAGUUCCUGAUAACAGUAGGCCAAUCCUACCAAUCAGGGUUGCCAACCACUCAUUAAAAAAACGAGUCUUAUCCGCUCAUGUUGUCUUAGCAGCACUCUGCUCUGCAGAAAUUUAUAGACGAAAUGUUUCACUGCGCAGAUAUGAGAAUGAUGAUUGGUUAAUUAAUUAACCAAUCACUUUCCACACAUAUCUCAAGGUGAUAUAUAAAAUUAAAUAAAAAUAGGUAUAUGAUCAGCUGAAUGCCUGCAGACCAUGAGAUUCUUAAAGGCAGAGAAACAGAGGAUACUCAAUGUUGGCAACCCUACUACCAGGUUUUUGCCUCUGAAACAAUGGUACAAUGAUGGCAAUAUCUAUGGUAUAAUCCUAUGUUAUCUAGAAGAAUUCACUUGUAGAUGUGUGAUUGACAUCAAAGCAUUUGAUCAGAAGGAAGGGGAAGGAGUUUGCCAGUACCUGGAUACACCCUUAUAUUUCUUCCUUUACAGGACGGACUCCUCUCCAUACCAUCAAGGGCUGCUCUUCAGCUUGCAUAAAUGUAUUGACACCAAUGAAGCCUAAGACAGUGAGUGAAGUCUAUACUUGCUGCUCUGAUCGAAAUUUCUGUAACCACUAA